CGCUUCUCACCCCUAGUCACACUCCCCCUCCUUUCUCCCUUCUUUUCCUUCCAGUCUGCCUCUUCUCUUGUGCCGUUGGCUUUGCACAGAGGCCGUGGGAGGGAUCUCGCGAUUGUUGGACUUUUUUUUUCCGGAGGGGGGUGAGUUAUUCGGAAGAUGGCGCCCGUUGUUACGGGGAAGUUUGGUGAGCUGCUUCAGCCUCAGCGUUUGACAAGGGAGGCUAUGAGGAAUUACCUAAAGGAAAAAGAUGAUCAAACAGUGCUCAUUCUACAUGCAAAGGUUGCCCAAAAAUCAUAUGGCAAUGAGAAAAGGUUUUUUUGCCCUCCACCCUCUGUGUAUCUGAUGGGCAGUGGCUGGCAGAAGAAGUUGGAGAAAAUGGAGAAGGAGGGUUGCACUGAGCCAGAGGCCCAGCCAUGUGCUUUCAUUGGGAUUGGCAACAGUGAGCAGGAGAUGCAGCAACUCAACCUGGAGGGGAAGAAUUUCUGCACAGCUAAGACACUGUAUAUCAGCGACUCGGAUAAAAGGAAACACUUCAUGCUGUCUGUUAAGAUGUUAUAUGGAAACAGUGCCAACAUCGGAGUCUUCCUCAGCAAGAGGAUCAAGGUCAUCUCUAAGCCUUCCAAGAAGAAACAGUCCUUGAAAAAUGCAGAUUUGUGUAUAGCUUCAGGAACUAAGGUGGCUUUGUUUAACCGUUUACGGUCCCAGACGGUUAGUACCAGGUAUCUUCACGUAGAGGGCGGAAACUUUCAUGCCAGCUCCCAACAGUGGGGCGCCUUCUACAUUCACCUCUUGGAUGAUGAGGAGUCUGAAGGGGAAGAGUUUUCUGUGAGAGAUGGCUACAUUCAUUAUGGCCAGACGGUCAAAUUGGUGUGCUCUGUUACUGGCAUGGCCCUGCCCAGACUGGUCAUUCGCAAAGUAGACAAGCAGAUGGCAUUGAUGGAUGCAGACGACCCAGUGUCCCAGCUCCACAAGUGUGCCUUCUACCUGAAAGAUACAGACAAGAUGUAUCUCUGCCUGUCACAGGAGAGGAUCAUCCAGUUCCAGGCAACACAGUGCUCCAAAGAGACUAACAAAGACACCAUCAAUGAUGGGGCUUCCUGGACUAUUAUUAGCACUGACAAGGCAGAGUACACCUUUUAUGAGGGCAUGGGCCCUGUCCCCACACCGGUCACACCUGUGCCUGUCGUGGAGAGUCUGCAGUUAAACGGUGGUGGAGAUGUUGCCAUGUUGGAGCUGACGGGACAGAACUUCACCCCUAAUCUGAGAGUAUGGUUCGGUGAUGUGGAGGCUGACACCAUGUACAGAUGCGGGGAGAGCAUCCUGUGUGUGGUGCCGGACAUUUCUGCUUUCAGGGAGGGCUGGCGCUGGGUGCGACAGCCGGUGCAGGUUCCUGUCACACUCGUCCGUAAUGAUGGGAUCAUCUAUGCCACAGCCCUCACCUUCACCUACACCCCUGAACCAGGGCCCCGACCUCACUGCAGCGCUGCCGGGGCCAUUCUGCGCACACAUAGCAUCUCUUCUUCAUCACCGGCAUCUUCAUCCUUGCCGUCAUCCUCGCUGGGUCGGCUCGGGGACGGCCAGGGAUCUUACAACAGUAGCAACUCAGGGAUAUCAUCUGGGGCAUCGGCAAUGUCAGUGCUGUCAUAGCAAUACUGUGCUGUAUGUGCUUGUUGUUCAGAGUGUUUGCUUUUAAUGAGUGAGAAAAUGUGUCGAUACACUUUCCAAAGAUGGCUCAUGGACCUGUGAAGAAUUGCACACAAAACUCUUGACGAGAAAGUAAGUGUGGAAUCAUGAGCAAGCCAGUGUUCGGAGGAGAAAAAGAAAAGUUAGCAGACGUUACUUGGGAUAACUGACUCCUCUUUAGCUCCAUCUUGUGGUCUGGUGUGGAUCUUCAUCUCAGAGGAGACAAAUCUGAUUCUCACAACUCAUUGAAAGAAGAACCAUGUUGUUCUUUAGAUCCUGUGGGUUUUGAAAGCUAUUUUUCUUUGCUUUCUCACUGCCAUGGUCGAGUUUUCUACUGAAAGACUUUUUCUGUUGUGUGUAAGGGAAACAUGUUGCAAGAGUAACAUGGUUUUUACGGACCAAGAAAUAUUAUUAUAUUAUUUUAUUCAUAUUAUAUUUUAUAAGCUUUUGCUAAGGUACAUUAUGACAUUUGUAUGAUACUGCAUAGUGAGUUCACUUUUUUUCUACCAGACUUUUUCAUGUUUUGUGGCUCUUGUUUGCCUCUUGUCUCAAUGGAGGGGUAGUUUCUAAGUCUGACUGGAGAGUCUCAACUUUUCCCUCAUCUCUUUUUUUGAAAAAAGAUCAUAGAUAAUCUCUGCUUGCCUAGUCAUCAUUGCUGACCUUUUAUCUUUUAACACUUUCCCACUUUGUAUGAAAUGAAGAACGGACAAAUAUAGUGUUUUUUUAUAUACUAUAUAUAGGCACUUAAGACAAUGAAGGCAUGUGCUUCUCUGGCAGCAGUUCUUCACUCUUCCAUGCCACAGAGCAGUUUCUUGCAACUCUUUAUAUCAAAGAUGCCAUUUUUGUGUGGUCUGUGAGACCAAGCUUGACUUAUCAGCACCACAUUGCUGAUACUCAAAAUUUGAACACAAUAGUAAUUUCCAAAGGAAUUGAUGGACCGGUGUCCAGAAAAGGUCAAGGAACAAGAAGAUCGAAAUCUUGAAAGUGGCUGUGGGACUUUUUUUUUAGGUUGUGCUUAUAUGUGGAAGAAGUUCAGCACCAUCUCUGCCUUGCAGUUUCAUGUCCUGCCUUUUCACUUCUAUGUUACGUUUGGAUUGAGCCACACUGAUAAAUCGGGUUAUUUCAAACACAGCACCCGACAGCAAACAGUAAUAUUGGUUUUACUGAAAUCAAUUUAUGUGGUGAGGUGAUGCGUUGUACUUCACUUUCUACCAUAUCAAGUACAUUUUGAAAUUAAAACGGACUUACUUUGCGCAACA